CCGAUAGUCACCAGAGGCAGCGAGCCGUUAAGACAGCUAGGGAGACCCAACACUUACUCAACCAAACCUGUGUCGGAGGCUCGCUGACAGGCUUGCAAGUCGCAAACUAGUUUGCUCAGAUAACUCUAACAUUUAGAUCUCAUGGCUGGGAGUGAGGAUAUCUUUCUCAGAGCCAAGCAUCGGACUUUCAGCGGACUGACUGAAGAUGCAGAGCGUGAGUGGACGGGACCAUUUUUCUUCAUCCAGGCCGCCGACCCCCAGCUGGGGCUGAUGAAGGCCUGGAGGGACGGCGACCGCGACGGCGGAGGGGACGAAUGGGGGGAGGAGAUCGAGCUCACCAAGCAGGCCGUGGAGGCCGUCAACCAGCUCAGACCCAGGCCCAGGUUCAUAGUGCUUUGUGGAGACCUGGUCCAUGCCAUGCCAGACACCCCAUUCAGAGAAGGUCAGCAGCGAGACCUGAAGGCAGCCUUGAAGGGGACGGAUCCUUCAAUACCGCUGGUGUUUGUCAGUGGAAACCACGACCUGGGCAACACCCCCACCCCCAGGACACUGGAGCAGUACUGUAGUGCUUGGGGGAACGACUAUUUCAGCUUCUGGGUGGGCGGAGUCCUCUGCCUGGUGCUGAACUCCCAGUUGUUCUACGACGGCUCGGCUUGCCCUCAGCUGAAGGAGGCCCAGGAGACGUGGCUGGAGGAGCAGCUGAGCAGAGCCUCCUCCUCAACGGAACCCAGACCCAAACACGUCCUGGUGUUCCAGCACAUUCCUCUGUACCUAAAGAGUCCCGAUGAGGAGGACGACUACUUCAACCUGCAGAAGGGGGUCCGGCAAAACCUGCUGGACAGGUUCAAGAAGGCAGGGGUGAAAGCGGUGUUCUCUGGCCACUACCACCGGAACGCCGGCGGGUGCCACGACGGCCUGGACAUGGUCGUGAGCUCGGCCAUCGGGUGCCAGCUCGGCGAGGACACCCACGGCCUCAGGGUGGUGGUAGUGACCGCCGACGACAUCGUCCACCGCUACCACAGCCUCGAUCAGCUGAGUGCGGAAGGCAUGAGCGAGGACCUCAGGAAGCUCCUGCAGGUCUGAGGGCCAAAGGAGGGAAAGUCAGAAACACUGACUUUGUUUUUUUGUAAAUAGUUUUUCUUUGUGAUUCCCCGUUCUUAGAGGCACACAAGAAGGUUGUUUGGAGACUGGAGCGUUGGUCAUGUCAGCAGAUAGGAUUGAGAUGUUAAAAUCAUUGCUUCAUUCCUCGUAGAUAUAUGAUGAGCUGAAAUUGAAUGUUUUUUGAUCAACAAGGCCAGUCUCAUCAAUGUUGAAGUUGACCAAUGGUCCAAUGGGAGAUGUAGGAAAUCACUGUGGUAUAUCAAAAUAGACCAGACCGGUUGAGACAAAGUGUAGACGAGGAAAAGAUGCAUUUCAGCGUCAUCUCAACAUAACUACUGGUGUAAAUUGAAUGCUGCAGGGUAAUAUCUUAACAGCCUGAGUAUUAAAGAGUAUUAAAGGGUGGCCUUUUCCUUUUAAUGAUCCUAAAAUACCCAGCUGUCGUAGCCAUUUCUACUAUGUUUGCUGUUGCUGCAGUCUAAUGC